CUAUUUCUGACAGUCAGUGAGUCAGUAACUGUUACCACCCUGUAACCCAAACUCCCAAAAAUUAAAAUAAACGACAAAAAAAAGAAAGAAGCAUAAAACCAAGUGGACCCACAUAUCUUGCCAUAUGUCGACACCUCUAUAUCAUAAAAAGAAAGAAAAUAAAAAAAAUCACCCCCCAAAUAUUUUCCCGCCUUUCUGCCCCCCAAAAACCUAAUUAAAAAUAUCAACAGUUGAAAUAAAAAAAUAAUUACAGUGCCCAAUUUUUCCUUGAAUUUGGGGAAGAGUCUUUUUUUAUUUUUAUUUUUUUAAUCUUAGAGAGAUAAACAGGAGAGAGAAAAAAAAAGAAGGGAGCGUGAGAGAGAGAAUGUUGAAGAGCUCUGAGAGCUCUUCAUCUUCAUUACUUUCUUUUCAUGGAUACCCCAGAUAAAACAACUCAACCUAGUCCUUCUUCUUUUCUUUCCAAAUUUGAGGAUUCUCCAGUCUUUAAUUACAUCAGCACUUUGUCACCUAUCAAAUCAUUUAGUGUGGGCCACAAUGCACAGGCAUUCCACCUUCUUAGUUUUCCGUCUCCUCAAGCAUUUCAGACUCCUCCAACUAGCUUUUUGAAAGAAACUAAGAUAAGAAGGGCAAUUAAUGCUAAGAAUGGUGGUGAAAAUCAAAACCUAAAUACCUCAGUUGCAAUAGAGCCAGCUCAUCAUCUGAAUUCCGAAGAGGUGGACAAAAUUAAAAAAGAGGUGACUGUCAGUACAAAUGAUGAAUCCUCAAAGCUGGGCUCUGAGAUUCCAAGACCCUUGAAUUAUGAUUGCAAUACUAGUCAGAAUAAUGAGGUCCAUUGUGAUGCUGUGAAGCCAAAUCAUGGGUUUCAUGUACCUGGAACAGAAAGAAUUCCUGUGAAGGUCGUUCAUGAAAAUUCUAAAGAAGCAGACUGUUCAUUUGAAACUGAAAUGAGUGUACAGACAAAGGCAAAUCAAAUGAAACAGAGUAAGGAAGUAUGUGAGUGGGAGAAAUUUGUUAGUGAAGCUUCUGGUAUUUUAAAUUGUCAUUCACCUACCAAGGAAAAUUAUCAUGAUGAGCUGGAUGAAAGAAGUGCAGAUCCGGGGAUGCUUUCGUUUGUUGCAACAGUCUUGCAGCCCCCAAAUGAACUUAUGAAUGACCCGCGACCUGUUUGUCCUGUUAUUUCUGAAAACCAUCAAAUGGAUUUACCUUCAGAGAAGCCGGUUGAAAUUGGAAAUUUAAAUGAAAGAAUUGAACUGCCUUCUGGUAAUGAUCGUGCUGUACAUGCUGAGGAAGUUGUCCAAUAUAUGAAGACUGAAAAAGAUGACAAGUCUUGUCCUCAUCAGCAGCAGCAGACGACAAGACGGCGUUGCCUAGUUUAUGAGAUGUCUGGAUCUCAUUAUAGGAAACUACUAGCUGAUUCAACAGGCAGUUCUCCAACUAUACUAUCUGCUAAUCCUAGUAUCUCAACUGAUAAGUUUCUGAUGACCAGCAGACCAGGAGGCAGCAAAUUUUCAUCAGUACUCCCUGGUAUUGGUUUGCACUUGAAUGCUCUAGCAGCUGCUGCUAAAGAUAAAAUAAUUGUCAAGAGGCAGACUUUGACGUGUAGAAGGCAGUUAAUUAGCUCGCCAUGCACUACAUCUUCUUUCGAUUCUCAAAUAUCUGAUAUAAAGCCUCUUGCCACCCAAACUACCUCAGAACUGGAAAGAGAUCCGGAUGAACAAAACGAUGGACUUUCGGUGUCUGGAAAUGCAUCUGAAAACACUGUAGUUGGGGAGGGCAUUGAGCUCUCUCAGAAUUCUCCGAAGAAGAAACGGCGGAAGUCAGAAAAUGUAGAAGAAACUGAUUCUUGCAAGCGCUGUAAUUGUAAGAGGUCAAAAUGCUUGAAACUUUACUGCGAGUGUUUUGCGGCUGGGUUGUACUGUGUUGAGCCCUGUAAUUGCCAAGAUUGCUUUAACAAGCCUAUUCAUGAGGAAACUGUGCUUGAAACUCGACGACAGAUAGAAUCACGCAAUCCACUUGCUUUUGCUCCUAAAGUGAUAAGGUGUUCUGACACUCCAAACAGCAUGGAAGAGGUGAACAAAACUCCAGCUUCAGCCAGACAUAAAAGAGGAUGCAACUGUAAGAAGUCUGGUUGCCUGAAGAAAUACUGUGAAUGCUUUCAGGGAGGUGUUGGAUGUUCUCUGAGCUGCAGAUGUGAAGGAUGUAAAAACACAUUUGGUCGAAAGGAAGGAACUGAAAGUAUUUUCUUUCACGAAACUAAAUUCCACCAGCGGAACGCAUCAGAUGUAGGUGUGCAUGAUGAUAUUGCCAGAAUAGAUGAGGAGAAUCAUGAUAAAGCAACAUCAGAUCCUUCAGAUAAUGCAAGGCAACCUGUGCGGCGGCCUUUUCACUUUGGAGGCACAGCUCCACAUUUUCCCACACUUGCCGAUGAACCUUUCCUCCAAUCAUGCGCAUCCCAGAAUAUUGAUUAUGCUGAUCAGAUGUCCUUUGAGGAAGAUCUCAAGAUAGAAGUUCUAGAAGAUGAUGCCACCAAUGCCUUGAACUUGAAGGGUGAUUACUCACUUCCUACUACUUCUAUUAAGUCUGCAUCUCCUAAUUGUAAAAGAAUUUCACCUCCUCAUUGUGACUUUGAAACAUCUCCUGGUUGGAAAAGCUGUAGGAAGUUGAUUCUCCGUUCAAUCCCGUCAAUACCAACUUUCACUCCAGAGAAAGAAAGCACGGAAUUGCUGGGAAAGCUUCCGUGAGAUAGCGUACUACUCUCAAAUGCUUGUAUUAAAAGUCUUGUUUAGAUUCGUAAUAAGUACUUUGUAUUAGUAUGAUUAAUAUACUAGUAGAUGUAGUUAGACUAUGUGUACAAAAUCUUUUGUAGUUCACAGUGCUAUGUUAUGCUUGUAGUUUGUAUGCUGUAGAUCAUUGUAUUAUAUCGUUCUCUAGGUGCUCAAGUUUUGAUUGGAAAGUUGGGAUUGUCCUGUCCUGGGGAUGUAGUUGCUGUCAGCUAGAAAAUUUUAUUUAUUUUAGAUUGUAUUAGUCAAAGGUCUCAUAAUGGGUAGUUGAAGUUGUGUUGUUAGCAGUUAGUACUUCAGUCUUCAUAGACUGAAUAAAUUAUUGUAGAACAGACGCUGAAGAUUUUAUAUAUCAUUGUUAUUGAA